UUAUAUUGUAAUAUCCAAUAAAAGUAAUUAUUGAUAGCAUUGCGAGGUUCACGGUCUUCCCUAUGUAUGUAUCUCCAAUCAAUCGACAUUAACACUGGAAAUUCUCCGUCUGCCUAGCAUUAUCAAGACAAAACAAAUGCACCAACAUUUCGCUUAUAUAAACAAAUACUUCAUUCAGUUAUUCAACGGAAAUUAUUUUCAAUGUCAGAGCAGGUUACUUCGGAACUAUACAGGUAAGUGUAGAAUUACGAUGAAAUUUUUCGUCGCAUUGCGCGCUCCACAAUCAUUGCGAGUUUUGUGCGGCCCGAAUUAAUGGAGGGUGGGAAAUUUGAAUUUAUCUGCAGCGGUUGUGUAUUUGCCCCCGAGGCAUCUACCUAUAUUAGGUGUUGGAUAUAAAUUACUCAAUCUAAUCGACGGGAAUACAUCAGUUGUAACGCAGCUUGUUACAUCGCUAUUGCAUAGUCACUCAAUUAGCUUUGCAUACAUCUGCAUACAAUAUGACGCCCCUCAAUUAUAUUCUACUUAGCUCAUUACUAGUCAGCAUAGCUUUUGAUAGCUGCUUCUCUUCCAGACAAAGAAGUUUGUCAUCAAUAUCAUGUCUAGAGACGCCCCGCAAGUCCAGGAUAGUAGGCGGAGUCACCGCAGAGAAAGGUGAAGCUCCUUAUAUAGUAAGUUUAACUAGGCGAGGAGGACACUUCUGUGGAGCCACAAUAUUGAAUGCUAAUUGGAUUGUCACUGCUGGACAUUGUGUUUGCAACGGAUUAAAUAAAAUCAUGAAACCGUCCCAAAUUAAAGGAAUUGUGGGGUUACACCAGAUUUCCGACUACAGACAGAACGAGAAUUCUGAAGAGGACCCGUAUGAGGUGCAAUUUAAAAAUAUUGUUCCCCAUCCUGAAUAUGGAUGCACAAAAGUGGCUAAUGAUAUUGCCCUGUUGCAAUUAUCGCAACCUUUAAAAUUCUCAAAACAUAUCCAGCCCACAUGUGUAGCUUUGGAUGACAAUGAUCUGUAUGAAGACACAGUUGGUAUAGUGUCGGGUUGGGGCUGGACCCAUGAAAAUCAGGAUAUUGGAGACCGUGCCGAUAUACUACAAAAAGCGGCAGUUAAAGUUUGGAAUAAUGAACGAUGCCAAAGGUCAUUCGAAGCAAACGGAAUGAAGAAUACCAUAACACAGUCUCAAAUGUGUGCUGGGCACGAAACGGGGGGUAUUGAUUCAUGUUGGGCUGAUUCAGGUGGUCCAUUGGUGACAGCAAGUAAUACCCUUAUUGGAAUAGUCUCGACUGGAAUAGGUUGUGCAAGACCUGGUUUGCCUGGAAUUUAUACCCGAGUUACGAAAUAUACUGACUGGAUUGAAUCUGUGAUAUUUAAUAAGUUUUAAAAUAAUUUAUAGAAAACCAAAGUCUUUACUGUGAUAUGAUAUUCUUAUAUAUAUUUAAUACCAAAAAUUUAGAUUUAGA